UAUCAGUUUACAGUUUAUUUAUAUUAGUAUAUACUGUGAUUAGUAUGGGGUGUAUUUAAUGUCUAUCUUUUAUUACUGAUUGACCGCUUAUACAAGUGACGCCGACGCAGUGGUGUACACUGUGGCGUAGCGUAUUAUACUUGUAUAAAUUCCAUAGUGUAAUAGUAUUUAUAACAUGAAUCGUCGUGUUUAUUAAGUACCCAUAAUAUUCCCAUCGGUGGAUGUAAAUUUCUUUUGUUUGCAUUUAUAUUUCAGUGUGGUUAAAAAUAGUAAAAAUAAUUAAUAAUGUACCACAUUGAAGAAGACUUGGAACUGCCCGAGGUUUUGUUCGACUCUGCUGAUGACUCGAGUACGUUCGAGAUGCCGUCGGCCGAGGAGUUGGUGGAGCAGCGCGCUAAGGAGCUCGCGUACUACGUAGAGCUGCAGCGCCUGCGCGAGCUGGAGGAGGGCGACGAGGCGGCGCACGAGGUGCUGUCGGCCGAGCUGUCCGGCCUGCUGUGCCGGCCGCAGGCGCCGCGCCCCGCCGCCGCCGAGCUGUGGGCCGCGCUGGCGCCGCACGUGCCGGGCGCGCCCACCGGCGACGAGGCGCCCAUGCUGCAGGCCGGCCUGCUGGAGGCGCAGAUGCCGCAGAUCGUGCGCGCGCUGGCCGCCGGGGUCAAGUCCGCGGCGCGCUGGUCCGACGCCGACAUGCUGGGCUCCUGCGCUCUGCUCACGGUCGCCGUGUUGAUGGAGAACUCGCCCUACCGACGGAAAGCCGUGCGCACGUUACAUGCGCUCCUGGACCGGUACGCGAAACGGGAACAGUUGAUGGCCGUGGCGUACAUGAUGGUGAUGGCGUUCCCGGCGGGGUCGGCGGCGCGCCUGGAGCUCAGCGACCAGGUGUGCAGCGGGUCGUGCUCGGGCGGCGACCGCAUCGCCUACAUCCUCAACAGCACGGCCAUGCUGGACCUGCUGGGCGCGGGCGGGGCCACGUUCUGCGCGCCCAGCUUCAUGCAGGUGGUGCGCGCGGCGGCCCGCUGGCGCCAGGUCGAGCCGGCCGCGCAGCUGCGCUGCAUCCAGCUGGCCGGCCGCAUGCUCACCGAGUCGCUGGGCGGCGGCUCGCCCGAGACAGAGCCCGAGGAGCGCGCCGAGCUGCUCGACCACCUGCGCCCGGACCCCGACAUGGCCAGCGACACGCCGCAGAAGGAUAGAUUGAAGGUGCUGGUUGACGCAACCAAGUUACGAUUGUUGUUCCACGCCGAGCUGUGAGGUGCUCAGGCAUGGAUGGCAAGCAGUCUAUGUUAAUAUUUAUGAUUUUACACAAGCAGUAGAGAGUAGAGGCGCACGGCGUCACGCGUGCGGCAGCUCCAGCCCCAUGCGGGUCAUCGGCAGCGUCAGCGCCGCGCCCAGCAGCGGACGGUGGUACGAGCCGCGCAUCUCCCACCUGCAAGCACAAGUUACUACACACGACUGUCG